GCGAUAUUUAAAAUGUAAACGCGCGGUCACUCAUUGUAGCCGGGUUAGAGCUUUCUUCAGGCGAGUCUGCACCUCCCGGUUCUCCCCCGAGCCAGAGGAUGGCUGUGCUUAAUCAGAAGUCUGUCUUGGAUAUGAUUAAAGAGUUCAGAAGGAAUUGGCACACUUUUUGUAACUCUGAGAGAACUACUGUAUGUGGUGCAGACUCCAUGCUCUUGGCAUUGCAGCUUUCCAUGGCAGAGAACAACAAACAGUACAGUGGAGAAUUUACAGUCUCUCUCAGCGAUGUCUUAUUGACCUGGAAAUACUUACUACAUGAGAAAUUGAACUUACCAGUUGAAAAUAUGAAAGUGAUUGACCAUUAUGAGAACAUUAGGAAGAUUUAUGAUGAUUUCUUAAAGAAUAGUAACAUGUUAGAUAUGAUCGAUGUUUAUAAAAAAUGUAAUGUUUUGACUUCAAAUUAUGAAAAUUAUGCCAACAUAUCUCCUAGUCAACUACGGGAUUUUCUGUCUGGCAGACAGUAUGCAGUAGAUAAUGAAACUGAUUUUUCUGAACCAAUGUCACCAAUUAGUAAACGCAACCGGGAUAAUGAAAAGGUACAGUUACUAGCAAAGAAAAUUAUCUACUCAUAUUUAAACCUGCUGGUGAAUUCAAAGAACGACUUGGCUCUGGCUCAUAUUCUCAAUAUUCCUGAUAGAGGACUUGGAAGAGAAGCCUUCACUGAUUUGAAACAUGCUGCUCGAGAGAAACAGAUGUCUAUCUUUUUGGUGGCUACAUCAUUUAUUAGAACAAUAGAGCUUGGAGGGAAAGGAUAUGCACCAUCACCAUCUGAUCCUUUAAGGACACAUAUAAAAGGAUUGUCUAAUUUUAUUAAUUUCAUUGACAAAUUAGAUGAAAUUCUUGGAGAAAUACCAAAUCCAAGUAUUGCAGGGGGUCGGAUACUCUCAGUGAUAAAGAUGCAGCUGAUUAAAGGCCAGAACAGCAGGGAUCCUUUUUAUAAAGCAAUAGAGGAAGUUGCUCAAGAUUUGGAUUUGAGGAUUAAAAGUAUUAUCAAUUCUCAACAAGGAGACUUAGCUCUUAGUACCACUGACAUCAGUCCUGCACGGCCAAAAUCUCAUGCCAUAAACCAUGGCACUGCAUACUGUGGCAGAGAUACUGUGAAAACUUUACUAGUUCUUUUGGAUGAAGAAGCAGCCAGUGCUCCUACCAAAAACAAAGCAGAGCUUUUAUAUGACGAUGAAAACACAAUUCAUCAUAAUGGAACUUCUAUUCUUACACUUUUUAGAUCUCCCACACAAGUGAAUAAUUCAUCGAUGAAACCCCUAAGGGAACGUAUCCAUAUGUCAGUGCAAGAGAAAACAAUUAAGAUGAAGCAAACCUUAAUUAGAUCUCAGUUUGCUUGUACUUACAAAGAUGACUGCAUGAUAAGCAAGGAUAAGUGGAAUAGUGUUAAUUCAGCAUCAAAGCCUUUGUGUGUUCUUCACAUGGAAAAUGACCUUUCUGGAGGUGUAAAUUCAUCUGUUGGAAGACCAACAAUUGGAACAAGUUCUGGAAAUGUUCAUCUGGACAGAAGUAAAAAUGAAAAAGUGGCAAGAAAAUCAAUUAGUCUGACAGGAAAUAAAGGCUCAAAAAGGAAACAGGGAAGGAACAACAAUUGAUUUUUCUUCAGUAUCUUCCUUCUGAAAGGCUUUCCCCAACCUCAGUGUUUUAAAUACCAUGUCAUCUUCUAAAUUUCUUAUUGACUUGGAGGCUGAAGGCGAAACACCUUGAGAAAGCAAAGAAAAAGUUAGUAUUAAUAUGUAGGAAGAGAAACUCAUUUUUGUCAUUCUUAGUUUGAUGUUUGCAUGGAGUCAAACAAGGAUGUGUAAAAUGAAGUAAAAUUUCUCAACCUGCUUUGUAAAUGAUUCCUACCUUUAUAUAUUUUCCAGCUUGAAUAGAAAGCACUUGAAAGACUUAGACUUUUGUCAUUUUAAAAAUGACUCAUUAGAUAGAAGCUAACUUUUUGUAUAGCUGCUAAUACUUACACUGUUUGGGUUUUAGUGGCAUAUUGUUUAUUUUGAGUGUGAAUUUUCUCAGAAUCUGAUUAAGAUCCUUGGUAGAGAGCUUCUGUUGAGGAGAUUAUAGUCUCUUGAAAAUGGGUUGUUAUUAAGGAAGACCACAGGACAUCAGGCUCUCCAUAUUCUUGUUUAUUCAUAUUGUUCCCUUCUGUUUAUUUUCUGAUUAAGUAAAAUAUUAAAACUAAGGUUAUUUCUUUCACUCAGGAUAAUAAGCGUCAAAGUUUAAAUACAUUUAAUCCUGAUUUAGUGGAAAUAAUCUUCAGAAAGAAUUUUUUCCAUAAAUGCUCGGAAUAGCCUUUGGUAUUUAAAGUAUAUAUGCCUGUAAGUAUGAACAAAAAGUCAUUCAUGUUAUAUCUAAAAUUGACCUGUCAGGUGUGUUUUAUCUCUAUAUUUACAAAAGGGUAUUACUGAUAUUUAUUAAUGAGUUUAGCAAUUAAUGAAUAAGAAGUCCAUGAAGAGAAUAUUUAUGUGCUCCAUAAAUGUUAAUUUUGGAUAAUGAGUAUGUUGUAUGAUUUUUAAUUAAACAUUUCAGAGUUAAUUUGUAAUGUUGGCCCUGUAGAGUAAGAGAAUACAUUCUUGUGUAUGUCUUCUGGUAUAUAUGUGCAAUAGUUUUUCUAGGGUAUAUUUCUAGUUAUGGAAUUGCUGGGUCUUGGAGUAUGUACAUUUCAGCUUUAUUAAUGCCAAAAUGGUUACAGAAUAGUAGUAACCAAUUUAAACUCCCACCUGCAGUUUAUGAGAGUUCUUACUGCUCCAGGUUCUAGUAAACACUUGGGUAUCUUAUUGUGCUUUUAAUGUUUAUUUCUCUAAUUACCAAAGACGUAGGAUGCCUUUUCAUAUGCUUAAGUAAAAUGCCUUUUAAAGAAAAAUUUGUCUAUUUCUCUAUCAGAUUGUUUGGGUUUUUCUUGUUGAUUCAUGGGAGUUCUUUAUAUAUGCUGGAUAUUAAUUCUUUGUUAGUUGUAUAUGUUUAAAAUAUUAUAUUUUUUCUCACAUUUCUUAUCUUUUGAACCGCUUCAUGGUGUCUUUUGGUGAACUAAACUCCUUAAUUUUAAUGUUUAAAUUUCUUUUUUUUUUCUUUUUAUGGUUAGUAUUUAUGUUAUUUGGAAAUCCUUCCAAACCCUGAGGUCAUUAUCAUACUUCUAUAUAUUCUAAAAGUUUAAGUGUUUUGACUUUCACAUUUAAAUUUUUAAUUCAUCUAGAAUCCUGUGUGUGAGAAAGAAAUUUUAACUUUUCCAAAUGUCCUUAUAUAUUUCUUUUUUUUUUAACAUCUUUAUUGGAGUAUAGUUGCUUUACAGUGGUGUGUUAGUUUCUGCUUUAUAACAAAGUGAAUCAGUUAUACAUAUACAUAUAUCCCCAUAGCUCUUCCCACUUGUGUCUCCCUCCCUCCCACCCUCCCUAUCCCACUUCUCUAGGUGAUCACAAAGCACCGAGCUGAUCUCCCUGUGCUAUGCUGCUGCUUUCCACUAGCUAUCUGUUUUACAUUUGGUAGUGUAUAUAUGUCCAUGCCACUCUCACUUUGUCCCAGCAAACCUUUCCCCCUCCUCGUGUUCUCAAGUCGAUUCUCUAGUAGGUCUGUGUCUUUAUUCCCGUCUUGCCCCUAGGUUCUUCAUGACCUUUUUUCUUUUUAUGUCCUUAUAUAUUUCUUGAAUAAUUCAUCCUGUCUCCACUAAUCUGCAAUGCCAUCUCUGCAGUAUAUUAGGUUUCUAUACAUGUGUAGGUCUCUUUCUGAACUCUCUAUUCCACUGCCAAAUCUACAGUAUUAUUUAUUAUUACUACAACUUUAAAAUAACUUUUUUUACAUCUUUAUUGGAGUAUAAUUGUUUUACAAUGGUGUGUUUCUGCUUUAUAACAAAGUGAAUCAGUUAUACAUAUACAUAUGUUCCCAUAUCUCUUCCCUCUUGCGUCUCCCUCCCUCCCACCCUCCCUAUCCCACCCCUCUAGGUGGUCACAAAGCACCGAGCUGAUCUCCCUGUGCUAUGCAGCUGCUUCCCACUAGCUAUCUGUUUUAUGUUUGGUAGUGUAUAUAUGUCCAUGCCACUCUCUCACUUUGUCACAGCUUACCCUUCCCCCUCCCCAUAUCCUCAAGUCCAUUCCCUAGUAGGUCUGUGUCUUUAUUCCUGUCUUAACCCUAGGUUCUUCAUGACAUUUUUUUUUUUCUUAGAUUCCAUAUAUAUGUGUUAGCAUACGGUAUUUGUCUUUCUCUUUCUGACUUCACUCUGUAUGACAGACUCUAGGUCCAUCCACCUCACUACAAAUAACUCAAUUUCGUUUCUUUUUAUGGCUGAAUAAUAUUCCAUUGUAUAUAUGUGCCACAUCCAUCUUCUUUAUCCAUUCAUCCGAUGAUGGACACUUAGGUUGCUUCCAUGUCCUGGCUAUUGUAAAUAGUGCUGCAGUGAACAUUAUGCUACAUGACUCCUUUUGAAUUAUGGUUUUCUCAGGGUAUAUGCCCAGUAGUGGGAUUGCUGGGUCAUAUGGUAGUUCUAUUUUUAGUUUUGUAAAGAACCUCCAUACUGUUCUCCGUAGUGGCUGUAUCAAUUUACAUUCCCACCAACAGUGCCACAGGGUUCCCUUUUCUCCACACCCUCUCCAGCAUUUAUUGUUUAUAGAUUUUUUGAUGAUGGCGAUUCUGAUCAGUGUGAGGUGAUACCUCAUUGUAGUUUUGAUUUGCAUUUCUCUAAUGAUUAGUGAUGUUGAGCAUCCUUUCAUGUGUUUGUUGGAAAUCUGUAUAUCUUCUUUGGAGAAAUGUAUUUAGGUCUUCUGCCCAUUUUUGAAUUGGGUUGUUUGUUUUUUUGAUAUUGAGCUGCAUGAACCGUUUGUAUAUUUUGGAGAUUAAUCAAUCCUUUGUCAGUUGCUUUGUUUGCAAAUAUUUUCUCCCAUUCUGAGGGUUAUCUUUUCUUCUUGUUUAUGGUUUCCUUUGCUGUGCAAAAGCUUUUAAAUUUCAUUAGGUCCCAUUUGUUUAUUUUUGUUUUAAUUUCCAUUUCUCUAGGAGGUGGGUCAAAAAGGAUCUUGCUGUGAUUUAUAUCAUAGAGUGUUCUGCCUAUGUUUUCCUCUAAGAGUUUUAUAGUGUCUGGCCUUACAUUUAGGUAUUUAAUCCAUUUUGAGUUUAUUUUUGUAUAUGGUGUUAGGGAGUGUUCUAAUUUCAUUCUUUUACAUGUAGCUGUCCACUUUUCCCAAUACCACUUAUUGAAAAGGCUGUCUUUUCUCCAUUGUAUAUUCUUGCCUUCUUUAUCAAAGAUAAAGUGACCAUAUGUGCGUGGAUUUAUCUCUGGGCUUUCUAUCCUGUUCCAUUGAUCUAUAUUUCUGUUUGUGUGCCAGUACCAGACUGUCUUGAUUACUGUAGCUUUGUAGUGUAGUCUGAAAUCAGGGAGCCUGAUUCCUCCAGCUCCGUUUUCUUUCUCAAGAUUGCUUUGGCUAUUCGGGGUCUUUUGUGCUUCCAUACAAAUUGUGAAAUUUUUUGUUCUACUUCUGUGAAAAAUGCCAUUGGUAGAUAAUUUAUUUUCUUAUUCACGAACAUGAAUACAAAGUACAAAGGUAUUUUUCCAUAUUUAUUUUGAACUUCUUUAAUCUUUUAAUGACAUUUUGUUGUUUUCUUCAUAAAGGUCUUGCUUAUCUUUUGUUGCAAGAUUUAUAAUUGUUUAUAAUUUAAUUAUAAUUAAGCUCCUUAUUUUUAGUUAUUAUAAAUUUUAUCUUUUAAAAUACCUUUUCUAACAUUAUUGCUGGUUUGUACACAUGCAGUUGGCUUUUGUUUAGUGCUCUUAUAUACAAAAAACUUGUUAAAGUCUUUAAUUCCAUAAUAAUAAUAAUUAUUAUUAUUAUUUAAUUCAAUAGUUUAUAAAUGUAUUAACUCUUUAAGGUUUUCCAUGAAGACAGUUGAUAUAAAUAAUAAAAUAAUGACAUUUUA